UGUUGCAGAUCGAAGUGAACAGGAAGAGAAUCUUAUAGCAGAGAUAUCAUGGCGAGGAGAGAAUAGUAGCGAGAGCUAGGAUUCGCACCCUUUCUAUCCUCUCCGCCGCCCCGAUCCGAUAACAUCACUCUCCUAGUCUCGUCUGCACUGCACCCCCCCCCCCCCCCUCCCUCUUCCUAAUUCCUAAGGUUCUCCUCCCACCGAGAUUCUCAAAAGAAAACGAGACAGGACCAACAAAAAGAUUGGUCGAGAGAAGACCAGGCCAAAAGUGAAAAGGGCAAGAGGAAGCCUUCUUCUUGCAACAGACAGUUUGUAUUGGGAGGUUUGCCCUGAACUCCAAGCCGUUUCCACCCAUCAAGAUGAGAUUUUGAUGCACUUCGGCUGUUUGGUAGGUUGUCCUAGUUGGGGUACUGUGAGGUUUUGCUAUAUAGUGGUGAGAGCUGUCCAUAUGUUCAUGCUCCUGCCCAUCAUGGAUAUUUGGUACUUACAUGUUCUCUCGACUAUUCAAUCACUAACCAGUAGUAAUCUAGGGGUUACUUGAAUUUCUUCAGCUAUCGAAAUGGCACAAAUUUCUUUCGAUUUUGUUUCAACUUAAAUAAAACCUGGCUAAAUCAGUGAGCUUUUCUGGAACAUGUCUACCCAGUUCUUGAGUUGUUGAAGUGCUUCGGCACUUCUGUUCAACUUGGCCAGCUAACCAUAGAGGAAGAAUUUUACUGGCACUUUAUGGAGGAUGGAGUAGACCUUCAAAGCCACCUUCUGUUUUCACACCCUGAGAUCUCUCAUGGCUUUGAUGAAUUCCUAAAAAGCGCAACUGCAUGUACUCACACGCACACUUGCAAUCCACCGGGUCCAUCGUCUGCUAUGCAUACCCACACGUGCCUCCACACGCACGUGCAAGUCAUAGCCUCCGACGAUACUAUUGUGGAAGAAGAUAUGAAAAAGCCCUGGAAAGCUUUGGGAAAUAGAGAAGCCGUGCGCAAGUACAGGGAGAAGAAGAAAGCGCACGCAGCCUUCUUAGAGGAGGAAGUCAAGAAGCUCCGCGCCACCAACCAGCAGCUACUGAGGAGACUGCAGGGCCAUGCAGCACUCGAGGCUGAGGUGCUGAGGUUAAGAGGCCUCUUGUUUGAUGUCCGAGGCAAGAUCGAUGCGGAGAUCGGCUCCUUCCCGUUCCAAAAGCAUUGCAGUGUUGGUCCUGUUAUUUGUGCAGGCCCUACUCUAUGCUUUAACACUAACGAAGGGGUAGCGGCUCUGGAGGAAAGCUCUAAACCAACAGUUCUGGAUUGCUGGGUUGAUAUUCCUGAAGUGACCAAUUCGAUGGAUGCUGUUGCAUGCUUGGCGAACUCAUCCUCAUUGGCUGAAUGACGUUCUUCAAGUUCCUUCUGAUCAUUUUUCAGAUCCAUCCCAGCUUGGUUGCUUACUGUUGUGGGUAUAAUUUUUGUUGCUUAUACCCUAUUUGAAUAAUUGGCGGCUAUGAGUAGGUGUGUGAAGUUGAUAUACCCUGUCAAUAUCUUGCUGAUUAUAAUUUCCGAUACUAUCCUGUAAGUGUUCAGUGUGUGUAUGAUAGUAUUGAAAGAAGUUAGUACUUUAAAUGACAGAACAUGUUCUGUACUCUGCAGAAUUGUGCUGCAAAUGUAAUAAUGGUUUCAUCUUUGUUUCC